UGUUAAAGGCUCAGAAGGCCUGCCGGGUGUAUGGUGGAAACAUUGGAAGGGAAUCACUCUAGGAGAUAAGCUCUUUCUUCUUAAAACUAAGGACUGUUUCUUGUAGAAAGACCCUUCUUUCAAUAAGUUGUGGGUAGGGGAGUUGAAACACCCAUACAGCUGAUUCUCCCAUUCCAAAGACUGAUUUAACUUUGUCCAAACGAAGGGUGAAGUUUGCUCCUCCAACUGAAUUGCUCUUUCUCCGUGGUCUGAGUGGGUGAGUCAACAGCCAGGGUGGGGCUCAGCAAUAAAUCACUCCCUGUUUUGGCCUGAUUCACCUGUGUGUCAACGCAAUGGCUCUCAGAAAGCGCUUGGAGGAGCGCAGUGGUGAUUCUGGAGUAGAACCAGAUCGGAGCGCCUUGAGCAAGGACCAGAGGGACCAGAGGAUCAGUCUGUUUCUACGGGAUUUCGACCAUCAGGCUAAGGAAAACCUGCAAGAUAUGAAGAAAGCGCUGGCUUCGCUUCUUCAGACGGCUGAGAAAGCGUUCAGAGUGGAGUCGUUGACAAUGCCCAUGGUCAUGAGGAAAAUGAGAAGGAAAGACUUGAUCCAUCUCAAGGAAGAAGACGCUGCUGCUGCUACGGUUGUCGCUGCUGUCGAGGCCAAUGACUGCGGUGUUGGAGACGUGCCCAAUCCCAGGCUGGUGAGGACAAACAGCAAGCGAGUCAAGGUCACCACUAUCGUGGAAUACAAAGACGAGAAGGAGGAGAACAGAACGCAGGCCAAGAAAACAUCUCAGAAGGUAUUUAAAACCAAUUCGCUGGCUUCCUUGGGUUCUGCCAUGAAGGGCAAAGAAGGUACUCUGUCCAGGUCUGCAUUUGCGUCCUCCACUCCAAAUACGAAAACUCUUGGGCGAUCCGCUUCCUUGCGUGAACAGCCAGUAUCCGCUUCCAAGUGUCCCUCAUUGGGGUUUAAAAGAUCUGCACAGAGGGGACUCUGCAAAAGUACAUCUGUCUCAGGGAGAACCCGAGCUAGGUCUCUACGAAGUACCUCGAUGCCCCAUGAAAGAUCCGUUCCUUUUGUCAACAUACCUCUGGCUGAUGGGCAGACUCUCUGUUCAGCUGGCGAUGACCUCCAGAACAUCAACGUGGAGUUAUUAAACGAUGACACCGUUCAACAUAUCCACACACUCGUGAGCCAAUUGACGGUACUUUGUGGAAAAGCCACAGUUAAGUCAAGUUGAUGGAAUUGGCGGCCAUAAUAUUUUCUUGUAUCUAAAUAUUCUGGAAAAGUUCCUUACGUUAUGUUUACAGUGACAAGCAACUAGAUUUU